AUGUCGAGAUCACGAUCACCCGAAAAACGUCCCGCCGACGAGCCGAUGCGAGGAUUCCAAGAUCGCGACAGGCCCGAGAUGGACGAGCAGCCCGCCAAGCGAGUACGAGCGGAUACGCAAAAGGAAGACAGAGCGAGAGGGAAGCGACUCUUUGGGAACAUCCUGGGAACGCUGCAGAAGUUUCAGAAGGACGACAAGACCUCUCGGAAGAGUGAUGCUGUGAAGAGAAGAGAAGAAAUCGCCGAUAAGAUCCAGAAGAAGAUCCGGUCCGAGACGACCUUGCUGCAUGAGACGGUGGAUGCGGAGCGGGAGCUCAAGGCGUUGAGGAUACAGACGGACUCGGCGGAGUAUGUGUUGAGGCAUAAAGAGGCGGCGAUGAUCGCACGGCAUACAAGCCUCAAACCAAUCUCCAACUUCUUACAUACCUCCCUCCCCGUCCCCGCUCCGUUCAUAUUCGAAGGGAAUCUCCUCGAUCCCUCGCCUAUACCGCUCAACAGAGGACCUACCAGGGAACCGCCCCAGCCAGAAAUACUGCGCCCACUAUACUUCCUCCCAAAGAUCCUCUUACCGCACCAACAAUCCACGCUCGACUCGCGUAUCACCAAUAUCACCAAUCUCAUCGCUGAAGAAGCCGAGAAGCUAGCCUCGGAGAAGAUAGACACGGCCGAGACGGUGAAGCGGAAUCGAGCGCGGAUAGAGGAACUGGUUCCGAAAUUGGCGGAACUGCGGUCGCAGGUCCAGUCUAGGCCUGAUAAGGGCGGUAGCGGUGGUGGGAGAGAUGACUUUGGGCGGACACCAAGGGGCGGGAUGGAGGUGGAUGGUAGAGAAGACAGGAGGGAAAAGGUCAAGGCGGAGAGCGUGGAGAGGGAGGCCAAGAUGGAGGAUGAGAGGGAUACGGAGGAGGGUGUGCAGAUUAUGGGAGAUGAUGGGGAUGUGGAGGUCGAGUACUAG